CCUUUGACAGUAUACAGUAUGUAGUAGCGGAUGUAGCAUGUACACGCAUUGCGUGCUCCGAAUCGGUGAAUAUUGCAGUUGAAUACUACUAUUAUCCAGAAUGUACUUGAGGAUCUUUGCGUCCUUGGAUUUAUUUUUUGUAGCAGGCAUAACUUGCGCAAUGGAAUUCGAAGUCAAGACACUGGAAGUAGGCACCUUAGGAUCAAUCCCGUGUGACCAUAUUGAAGACGAUCCCGAGGUUCGUCUAGUACAGUGGUACAAAAGCAGGAGAAUCGAAGCAUUUGAAAACGGUGAUGCCAGUCUGGCAUCGUGGGAGGAUGGAAGAACUGAAAGCCAGCCGAACUACCACAUGGACAUUACCACUUUCUCCUUGGUUUUUGACAAGCCUACAUUGGAAGACGAAGGUCUCUACAAGUGCUCUGUGGAACGUGGAGACUUGUUCAUUGAGUCACACUACUUCACCCGUACGGUUAUGUAUGCUCUGCCUCAGAAGAACCCGGAGAUAACUUUAGACAAGGAUUCGAACCUUCUUCAUUGCACUGUUGAGCACGUGAAGCCAGUACUAUACCCGGUGUUCGAAUUCGACGGGAGUCCUGACAGUACUGAGAUCCAUGCAGUUCUGAAUGAAGACGGAACGUACACGACAUCGGUCUGUUGCAGAGUACCUCAAGACAAGAGGGUAUUUCAAGUAGAAUGUUCCUAUUCCUACUUACACUAUCAUGAAGUAGGCUCUUUUGACCUGCAUGAGAUAACCACUGACAGCCCGAUGGAGUACAUAACAAGUACAGUGUCAACUAAGUGGAUAUCUGACACAUUUGAAGAGGAUGGAUGUGACACAUAUGAUAAUACAUCAAUCAUUGUUGCGGGGGUCAUCAUAGGCUUGUUGAUGGUGGCCAACGUCAUAUCACUCAUCAAAAUGAGAGAAUUUCACCGGGGCGUGAAGAAUCGCAAGGCCAUGGAGAUGAUUUAUCCUCCUAUGAACAUAGGAGCGGCUUGAGGGGGCCUCAAUUCAUGUGUGAUGAACAUAAUUUAGAUGCUCAAUAGAUGCUCUUAUUUAUACAAGAGAUUCACAAGCUUAGUUUAUUUUCUAUAUUCUCCCAUUUUUCACUAUAUAUAUAUUUGUCUAAUUUCAGUUAAAAUACCAUUCAAUUGUAUCUACUGUAUAUCUCCUUAUGUUAAUUGACUUUAUUAUUAUUUACAUGGCCUUCCAUUUUUUUCGUGAUAUGAGAAUGAUUUAUGUAAUGAAUGUGAACGUAAAAUUUGUAAAAUAUAUAACUAAACUGAACGGAGAAAUGAACUGAGUCGCAAUUUAGUGUACGCGUUUCCUUAGCCCGGAUCUCCUAGAUUAAGAGAGGAAAAGUAGUACAUUAUCCCAGAAGAAAAGAAAUUAAAUCAAAUUAUUUCUUUGAAAGCGAUACAUAAAGGAUUAGCAAACCCAUAUUUUAACAGUUAAUUGUAUUUAAAAAAUACAUUUUACUGAAGUCGAUACUAGAAAAGGUCGCAUUUUUGUAUUUAAUAGUUCGUUGCAGUGUUUUCGUGUGUAUACUCUUUCUAAUCCUUUUCAUCUUUUCUUCAUGACAUUGUACAAGUGCGUUCCUUUUUUAAAAUAAAGACCUCGACACUACAGUCAAAAUAACAAUUUUCAAUGCACGUUCAAGAAUCUGAAUUUUAAAUUAUGUCCCUCUGCUCGAAGAAAAAAAUGAACAGGACAUUGUAUGGUUUACACGUGCAAAAUGCUCCUAUUUUUGUAUCGACUGAAAUCGGAAUCGCGACGUACUUAUAGAAAUAAAUCUAUUGUUCACACAAAAAAUGAAUUGUAAUUAAAUAUUUCUCGAUAUAUAUGGAGUCUUGGGGGAAUUUACACUAACUGAAAACUAUUGAUUCACUGGGCCUAACGUCAUUAAACAAUUGAAUAACUGGGAAAGGACAAAAAUGUGUGAAAACUUGCAAUAUCAAUUACCAGCUUCUACAGCUACUACAGGCUCCGAAUAGACAAGAUCGUGGUUUUUAGACCAGUAUUUGUCUAGUAUAUUUUGUAAACACUUUACAGAAGUUGCUGAGAUAACAUAUUCAGGCAGACUGUCCCACCAAUACACAAUUAUGUUAGUAACAAAAUCCUUUCUCAUAUCAAGCCGAGAGUACUGUUUGUCUAGAUUCAUUUUAUGCCAUCAUGACCUCCUCUGUGUCAGCUAAAAAUAAUUAUGUUGUGAAUUAUAUACUCCUGUUAAAUACUUAAAAACAUCAAUCUUAUCACGUUUCCUCGCCUAUGAGCAAGAAUCUGUAAUUUGAGUUCAGUGAGGCGUUCCCGAUUGGACAUAUAUAUUUCCGUUUUUGUUAAAUCAUGUGUAAUGCCCCCCCCCCCCCCCCUCUACACACUCUCCGACUUACUCUGCUUAUCAAGUUUAUUGUUGUUGUUAUGUUUUCAUUGAUGAUAGUUAUUGAAUAGAAUUGUUACCAAACAUAUUUGGAGGAAUGUGCGACCCUGUAUAAAUAUCAAAAAUAUGUUAUUAAAUGAAUAUAUCAGGCAUGCAUUCAUGUAUACAUAUAUAUAUGCUACGGUGGUAGUCUCAUGUACUGAUAAGUUCAAGUUCAAGUUUUAUUUCCACAUCUGAUUUAAAAAAGCACAAGUACAAUUUAUAUGCAUAUAUAUAUAUAAUAACAAACGUUAAAAUGAAACAUCUUCAAUUUAAAUCGUAAUGUGGUGGGUAAAAAGAGGCAAAUGGCCUAUCAAGGUUAUUCCCAAUGAUAAUAACAUUUAUAACAAUUUUUUUUUUUAAUUACUAAAAACGAGAAAGAAAUACAAAGAUUAAAAUAACACAAAACAUCAAUGUAUAGAAUUUAACCAGACAAAUCCAUUACAAAAAAUAAAAACAGAAUGAAAGGCAUUUAUGUAAAAAUAAUCCUAGUUAUAUAUAUAUAUUCAGUUAAAGAUAUUUCUUAAACUUUCUUUUAAAAAUUGAUACUGUUGGGCAUAUUUGAAGUUCUUUAGGCAUUUUGUUCCAUAAUUGUGGUCCGGCAUAAAUAAUUGUUAUUCCUGAGAAGUCAUAAGUAAACAUUGGUAGGUGGAAAAGAUUUGAUUGGCGAGUUUCAUAAUUAGUCACAUUUCUAUUGCAUAUAAAACAAUCGUCUGGAAACUUUGUUUAGAGUAAGAAAACAUGAAGAUAUCAUAAAUUAUAUUUUAUAUCAUAAAUCGUUAAAAUACUAUGUUUUUAAUUACAAGAGCAGUGUGGGGGGAAGGAUGUAUUAAAGUUGAAUAUAAUUCGUAUAGCACGUUUCUGAAGAAUUAAAAUUCGAUUUAAAUACGUUUUAGCACAAUCUCCCCCCACACUAUAUUACAAUAAAUAAGAUAAGGUAGAAUCAUGGCAUUAUACAGGUUAAGAAGAAUAUUAGAAGGUACAAUUUUUUUAAAUUCUGUUCAUUGCACCAAAAGCUUUAGAUAUUUGACAUGAUACAUAAUGUAAAUGUUCUUUCUAAGUCAGUUUUGUUGUCAAUUCUUACUCCUAAAAAAGUUGUAGAAUUUACUAUCGAUAUUUUUAGUUGGUUGAUACUUAUUUCCAUACAGGAUGUAUUAAUAUUUGGGAGCUGGCUGAAAUAACACACAGCAUGUUUUUGUGCAUUCAAUUUUAAUUUAUUUGUUUUAGACCAUGUAUCAAUCUUUUUAAGUUCCGUAUUAAAAGUUAAACGCAACGUAUCAAUAUUUUUAAUUAUGUAUCAACUAAUAAAGUUUUCUUCUGAGCAUCUAA